AUGGGACCUCGUUGCUCUAAGCUCUCUCUCUGUUGUUGGUGGCCGACCCAUCUCAAAUCAUCUCCCAACGAAGCUUCUGAUCUAGAGAACGGUACGGACGAUUUGCCGUCGUUUACGGAGUUCAGUUUCGACCAACUACGAGCUGCUACCAGUGGAUUCUCUACUGACAGUAUCGUUUCUGAGCACGGGGUUAAAGCUCCCAAUGUUGUCUACAAAGGAAGGCUUGAAGAUGACCGAUGCAUCGCUGUUAAACGCUUCAAUAGAUCCGCUUGGCCUGAUACUCGUCAAUUCCUUGAGGAAGCAAAAGCUGUGGGGCAGUUGAGGAAUGAGAGGUUGGCUAACUUGAUUGGAUUCUGUUGUGAAGGAGACGAGAGAUUGUUAGUUGCUGAGUUUAUGCCUUUUGAAACUCUCUCUAAGCAUCUCUUCCACUGUAAGCCUUUUCAUCAUUUCUUAAGAGAGUAG